AUGAUGUUAAUUGCUGAAGAAGUAGAAAAUUCCAAGAAUACCCAAAAGGAACCAAUUGAUGUAAGUGUUUAUAACGAGCUAUUUUCCUUUGCAGCUAGCGAUAAUGAAGUUUUAAAAAAAGAAAGUUUAAAAAUAAUUUUAGGCUUAUUAGAUGAACCUGAUUUAAUAGCAUAUAUUUUACAAAAUAGCCAAAAGUCUUUUAAAAUAAUUAUUUCAAGUUUGAAUUCACAAAGCAAGAUGGUGGCUCUUGAAUGUUUACUCAACCUGUCUGCCCAAAUUCCAACAGAGGUAUUAGAGCGCAAUGUAGUUGAAAUUUUAUUUGAUCUAAUAAAAGACGAAGAAAAAUAUGAGGAAAAUUAUAUUGACAUGUACAUUAUGAUUAUCUCUAACUUGACUAGAUGUAAAGAAGGGAUAUAUAAAAUUUUAGAUAUAACAGAUGUAAAUCAAGUAUAUCAUAAUACAUUUUCAGUGAGCUAUUAUUUAAAUAAACUAUUAUAUUUUUAUUUUCAACCUGUACAAAAAUCAUUAAAUAAAAAUAUGACUGAUAAAUUUAUGCACGUAUCUCAUAUAUUAAUAAAUAUAACUUCAAUGAAAGAAAGUUUGCCAUUUUUUAAAAAUAUCGCUUUUUUAAAUAAAUUAUGUGAACAAAUAUUAAUUUUAGAAAGAUGUAGAACAUUUUUACCAUUUAUAAUGAAUUUAUCUUUACAUAAAGAAAUUCAUGAAUUUAUUUUUCAAGCCGAUUGUAAUAUGUUUCCUUAUCUCUUAUCAUAUUUAUAUACACCACAUACUGCUAUUGAAGAUAAGAACAGCAUAAGUGGCUAUACAAUGAGACCCAAUAAAACUAUACACAGAACCAUUAUAAAAAAAUCAACAUCACUAGUUCGAUGCCCAGUUAUAAAAAACAGAAUUCUUGUUAUUCUCUUACACCUUAGCAAAGAUAAUGAUACUAAGGAAAGAAUCAAAAAGUACGGAAUAAUUGCCUUAUUGAAUAAUUGGAAGGAAAACGAAAAUGCCCCAGAUAUUAUCUCUGAAAUAAAAGGUCUAUUAAGUAAAUUCGAGGAAGUCAUUGAAGACUCCGAACCUGAAAAAUAG